AUGUCCCGCUUUGACAUGAAGGAGUUUGGGGCGGCUGGACCGUUUUUGCGCAAAACGGACCUGGAGCAGCUGGCUGUGCAGACGGCAGCUUUAGACGGUAAAAAACGAACAUGGAUCCCCGAUGACAAGGAGGCUUACGUUCAAGUGGAGAUCAAGGAGAUCGACGGCGAUAAAAUCAUCGUUGAGAAUAAACACGGGAAAACCCUGACAGUGAAGCUCGAUGAUACCCAGCAGAUGAAUCCUCCAAAGUAUGACAUGAUCGAAGACAUGGCCAUGCUGACCCACCUCAACGAGGCCUCGGUGCUUUUCAACCUCCGUAGGCGCUAUGCUGCCUGGAUGAUCUACACCUACUCCGGCCUCUUCUGCGUGACGGUGAACCCAUACAAAUGGCUGCCUGUCUACACCGCCCCUGUGGUUGCUGCCUACAAAGGCAAACGCCGCUCCGAGGCCCCACCUCACAUCUACUCCAUAGCAGAUAAUGCCUACAAUGACAUGCUGCGCAAUCGGGAGAAUCAGUCCAUGCUAAUCACCGGAGAAUCCGGUGCUGGCAAAACUGUCAACACAAAACGUGUUAUUCAGUAUUUUGCCAUUGUGGCAGCUCUUGGGGAAACAUCUGCUAAGAAAGGAGGCACCCUGGAGGAUCAGAUUAUUGAGGCAAACCCUGCCAUGGAGGCAUUUGGUAAUGCCAAAACAUUGAGGAAUGACAACUCCUCCCGUUUUGGCAAGUUUAUCAGAAUCCACUUUGGACCCACUGGCAAGCUAGCCUCAUCUGACAUCGAUAUAUAUCUUCUGGAAAAAUCCAGAGUGAUAUUUCAGCAGCCUGGUGAGAGGAGCUAUCACAUCUACUACCAAAUCAUGUCCCAGAAGAAACCAGAACUUCUAGACAUGCUGCUGGUCUCAUCCAACCCCUAUGACUACCACUUCUGCUCUCAAGGUGUGACCACUGUGGAGAACUUGGAUGAUGGACAGGAGCUGAUGGCCACUGACCAUGCCAUGGACAUCCUGGGGUUUCUGCCAGACGAGAAGUAUGGCUGCUAUAAAAUAGUAGGAGCCAUUAUGCACUUUGGCAACAUGAAAUUCAAGCAAAAGCAGCGUGAGGAGCAGGCUGAGGCUGAUGGCACUGAAAGUGCUGACAAGGCCUCCUACUUGAUGGGAGUCAGUUCAGCUGACCUCAUUAAGGGGCUUCUGCACCCCAGAGUCAAAGUGGGCAAUGAGUACGUGGUGAAGGGGCAGAACAUUGAACAGGUUAACUAUGCCGUUGGAGCUCUGGCCAAGGCCACUUACGACCGCAUGUUCAAAUGGCUCGUGGUACGCAUAAAUCGGACAUUGUACACCUCACUGCCACGCCAGUUCUUCAUAGGAGUACUGGACAUCGCCGGCUUUGAGAUUUUCGAUCUCAACAGCUUUGAGCAGCUGUGUAUUAACUUCACUAAUGAGAAACUGCAACAGUUUUUCAACCACCACAUGUUCAUCCUAGAGCAGGAGGAGUACAAGAGGGAGGGCAUUGAAUGGACCUUCAUCGACUUCGGGCUUGACCUACAGGCUUGCAUUGAUCUCAUUGAAAAACCACUUGGUAUUAUGUCCAUCCUUGAAGAGGAGUGCAUGUUCCCCAAGGCCACAGACAGCAGCUUCAAGGCCAAGAUGUAUGACAAUCACAUCGGCAAGUCACCUAACUUCCAAAAGCCGCGGCCAGACAAGAAGCGCAAGUAUGAGGCCCACUUUGAGCUGGUGCACUACGCUGGAGUGGUACCAUACAACAUUAUUGGCUGGCUGGACAAAAAUAAAGACCCCCUGAAUGAGACAGUGGUGGGCUGCUUCCAGAAGUCCGCGAACAAGCUGCUCGCCAGUCUAUAUGAGAACUACAUCAGUUCAGACUCAUCAGGUGACUACAAGACCGGAGUUAAAGAGAAGAGGAAAAAAGCUGCAUCUUUCCAGACUGUCUCUCAGCUUCACAAGGAAAAUCUGAACAAGCUGAUGACCAAUCUUCGCAGCACCCAGCCCCACUUUGUCCGCUGCAUCAUCCCUAAUGAGACCAAGACUCCAGGGAUCAUGGAUGCCUUCUUGGUUCUGCACCAGCUACGCUGCAAUGGUGUACUGGAGGGCAUCAGGAUCUGUCGAAAGGGUUUCCCCAACCGUAUCCUGUAUGCUGAGUUCAAACAACGCUAUCGCAUCCUGAACCCCCAAGCUAUCCCAGAUGAUAAGUUUGUGGACAGCAGGAAAGCUUCAGAAAAGCUGCUAGCCUCCUUAGAUGUGGACCACAGUCAACAUAGAUUUGGACACACCAAGGUGUUCUUCAAGGUAGGCCUGCUGGGCCACUUAGAGGAGCUGAGGGAUGAGCGCCUGGCUAAAGUCCUCACCUUGCUGCAGGCGGUCAGUCGUGGCAAGAUCAUGAGGAUGGAGCGUUCAAGGAUGAUGGAAAGGAAGGAGGCAUUGAUGAUCAUCCAGUGGAACAUCCGGGCCUUCAACACAGUAAAGCACUGGCCCUGGAUGAAACUAUUUUUCAAAAUCAAGCCUUUGUUGAAGAGUGCUGCCACAGAGAAGGAGCUGGCCAAUCUGAAGGAGGAGCUAGCCAAGCUUAAAGAGGCUCUGGAGAAAUCUGAGAUGAAGCGCAAGGAGCUGGAGGAGAGGCAGGUCAGCCUGAUCCAAGAGAAGAAUGACCUGGCUCUGCAGCUGCAGGCAGAGCAGGACAACCUAGCAGAUGCUGAGGACCGGUGUGACCUGCUAAUUAAAACUAAGAUCCAGUUGGAGGCCAAGGUGAAAGAAAUACUGGAGAGGCUGGAGGAUGAGGAGGAGAUGAAUGCCAAUGUGCUGGCCAAGAAGCGCAAGCUGGAGGAUGAAUGCGCUGAGCUGAAGAAAGAUAUUGACGAUCUGGAGAUCACCCUGGCCAAAGUGGAGAAGGAGAAACAUGCCACUGAGAACAAGGUGAAGAACCUGAUUGAGGAGAUGGCAGCUUUGGAUGAGACCAUCCUGAAGCUGACCAAGGAGAAGAAGGCUCUUCAGGAGGCUCACCAGCAGACACUGGAUGACCUGCAGGUAGAGGAGGACAAAGUCAACACACUGACCAAGGCCAAGGCCAAGCUGGAGCAACAAGUGGAUGAUUUGGAGGGCUCUCUGGAACAAGAGAAGAAGCUGCGCAUGGACCUGGAGCGGGCCAAACGCAAGCUGGAGGGUGAUCUGAAACUUUCCAUGGAGUCUGUUAUGGACCUGGAGAAUGACAAGCAGCAACUGGAAGAGAAGCUGAAAAAAAAAGACUUUGAAAUGAAUGAGAUGAGCACAAAGAUAGAAGAUGAGCAAGCCUUGUCCCUACAACUGCAGAAAAAGAUAAAGGAGCUACAGGCUCGUGUUGAAGAGUUGGAGGAGGAGCUGGAGGCAGACAAGGCAUGCAGGGCGAAGGUGGAGAAGCAGCGUGGGGAUGUUGCCCGUGAGCUGGAGGAGCUCAGCGAGCGUCUAGAAGAGGCGGGUGGGGCAACCUCAGCCCAGAUUGAGAUGAACAAGAAGCGCGAGGCAGACUUCCUGAAGCUGCGGAGAGACCUUGAGGAGGCCAUGCUCCACCACGAGGCCACAGCCGCAGCCCUGAGGAAGAAGCAUGCUGACAGCGUCGCAGAGCUAAGCGAGCAGAUUGACAGCCUACAGCGCGUCAAGCAGAAGCUGGAGAAAGAAAGGAGCGAGGCCAAGAUGGAGGCUGAUGACCUGGCCUCCAAUGUGGAGCAGCUGUCCAAGGGCAAGGCCAACUCAGAGAAGAUGUGUCGUCUUUAUGAAGAUCAGAUGAAUGAGGCUAAAGCCAAGGUAGAAGAGCUCCAAAGGCAGCUCAAUGAGACUAACUCUCAGCGGGCCCGUGCUCAGGCUGAGAGUGCCGAGCUGGGCAGGAAGCUUGAAGAGCGUGAAGCCCUGGUUUCUCAGCUCCAGCGCACCAAGAACUCCUUCAUUCAGAAUGCAGAGGAGUUCAAGAAACAGCUAGAGGAGGAGAACAAGGCUAAGAACGCCCUGGCCCAUGCCUUGCAGUCAUCUCGACAUGACUGUGAUUUGCUCCGUGAGCAGUAUGAAGAGGAACAGGAGGCCAAGGCUGAGCUGCAGCGAGCUCUGUCCAAGGCCAAUGCUGAGGUAGCCCAGUGGAGGACCAAGUAUGAAACUGAUGCCAUCCAGAGGACUGAAGAACUGGAGGAUGCCAAGAAGAAGCUGGUGACACGUCUGCAGGAUGCUGAGGAGACAGUGGAGGCUUCCAAUGCCAAAUGUUCCUCCCUGGAGAAGACCAAACAUCGGCUCCAGACAGAGAUUGAGGAUCUGGUCAUAGAUCUGGAGCGUGCCAACGCAGCAGCAGCUGCCCUGGACAAGAAGCAACGCAACUUUGACAAAGUGCUGGCUGAGUGGAGACAAAAGUACGAGGAAUGCCAGUUAGAACUAGAGAGCUCUCAAAAAGAGUCUCGCAGCCUGAGCACAGAGCUUUUCAAGCUGAAGAAUUCAUAUGAGGAGGCCCUGGACCACCUGGAGACCACCAAGCGAGAGAAUAAGAAUCUCCAGGAGGAGAUCGCUGACCUGUCAGAUCAAAUCAGCCAGGGAGGGAAGACCAUCCAUGAGCUAGAGAAGAUCAAGAAGGGCCUGGACAUGGAAAAAAGUGAGAUUCAAGCAGCACUUGAGGAAGCUGAGGCCACUCUGGAGCAUGAGGAGAGUAAGACUCUUCGAAUCCAAUUGGAACUUAAUCAGAUCAAGGCAGACAUUGACAGGAAGCUGGCGGAGAAGGAGGAAGAAAUCGACAAUCUUCGCCGUAACCACCAGAGAGCAUUGGAGUCCAUGCAGGCCACCUUGGAUGCCGAGGCUAAAUCUCGCAAUGAGGCAGUCCGCCUGAAGAAGAAGAUGGAGGGAGACUUGAAUGAGAUGGAGGUGCAGCUGAGCCAUGCCAACAGGCAGGCCGCUGAGUCGCAGAAAAUUCUGAGAAACCUGCAGGUCCAACUUAAGGACAUUCAGUUGGAGCUGGAUGAAACAAUGCACCAGAAUGAGGAGCUUAAGGAGCAGGCGGCAGUGACGGAGCGCCGGAAUAAUCUGCUGGCCGCUGAGGUGGAGGAACUCAGAGCGCUGCUGGAGCAGAAUGACCGUGCCCGGAAGCUGGCCGAGCAUGAGCUCCUGGAGGCCACCGAGAGAGUAAACCUGCUGCACUCUCAGAAUACAGGGCUGAUCAAUCAGAAGAAGAAGCUGGAGAAUGAUCUGUCUGUGCUGUCCAAUGAGGUGGACGAUGCCAUGCAGGAGUGUCGCAAUGCAGAAGAGAAGGCCAAGAAGGCCAUUACUGACGCAGCCAUGAUGGCUGAGGAGCUGAAGAAGGAACAGGAUACCAGCGCCCAUCUGGAGAGGAUGAAGAAGAACAUGGAGCAGACCAUCAAAGACCUGCAGAUGCGUCUUGAUGAGGCUGAGCAAAUUGCCCUCAAGGGCGGCAAGAAACAAAUCCAAAAACUAGAGACCAGGGUGAAAGACCUAGAGAACGAACUUGAAUCUGAGCAAAAGAAGAGCCAGGACUAUCAGAAGGUAGUACGCAAGUAUGAUAGAAGAAUCAAAGAGCUCACCUACCAGACUGAGGAGGACAAGAAGAAUCUGGUCCGCCUCCAGGACCUUAUAGAUAAGCUGCAGGCGAAGCUGAAAAGCUACAAGAGACACGCUGAAGAAGCAGAGGAGCAGGCAAACGCCAACCUGGGCAAGUACAGGAAGCUCCAACAUGAACUUGACGAUGCUGAAGAGAGGGCUGAUAUGGCCGAGUCACAGGUCAACAAGCUUCGAGUUCGCACCCGUGAUCAAGGUGGCAAGCUUGCUGAGUGAUGCAGUGAGGAUGACCUCUGCGGCCAAACAUAUCACAGCCAGCCAGCUGCAACAGCUGUGCAUGACUGUUGAUGCACCUGAAAAGACCGCUGAACCUUCAUAAAUGCCUGCUUUCUUUUUAGCACAGAGACCAUGAGGAUAAAAAUUCAAAGGUCUUUUGGUGUGAUUAGAAUUUAUUAUUUUUCUCAGAAACAGUUGUUUGAAUAGGUAAACUGAACUUCCAUACCAGCGUCAGGGAGAUGGAUGUAGGUGUGAAACUUUGUUGCAGAGGCUUUUAAGAACAUGAAAAACAGAAAUGCAAUGUUUUGAGUUAGUGCAUUUUCUAUACAGUUAGAAACGGCUCAUUACUGAAAUUAACAGAAACACUUUGUGGAUGUAAGUGGUUCUAUACCAACUCAUUUACAACACAACCAUAAUACUUCCAAUAUUCAAUGCCAAGAUAAAAGCUACAAAGACAAUUUUCCUUUAACGAUUUUUGGCAUGAUUUUUAUUUUCAUUUUUUUUUGUUAUGGCAUGAAUUUCAUUUAAUAAAAACUCCAUUAAAUGUUUGUCUCCAAUAAGUUUUCUUUGCAACAAACACCAUACAUAAUGUAGGUAGGGUAGGCUCGGGUAAUAAUUUCAAUAAAAAUUAAUUUAAAAAAAAAAAGAGAAUGGUUUGAGAUAUUCUGACAGACUGUCCCAGCAGGGAAAAAAAGAAUGUUAGGAGAGUCUGACUGAGAUGUUAUAAACAUACCAUAUAAAUGUGAAUUCACACACACACAGAAAAGAAGUGAAUUCAGGAUGCCCCCCCCCCCCAAGAUUUACCCAUUUCUCUGGUAUUCUGCAUCUCUAAACUGUUCAGUGAAAAUGUCCCCCAAAAUAUCAACUAAAAAUAUGCCAACAAUCAGUUUAAAUCUAACGGCUUUUUAUCUUAUAGCGCGCCAUAUUCAUGGUAAGGUUACAUUUCAGUAUGACAAUGGAUCAAAUAAAUCAGGGCUCUUUGCAACCCAACCAAAGUGCAGCCUAAGAAAAAUAUUUUAUAUUUUACAGAGGGAAUAUACUCAGAAAUUGAGAUCAAUAUAUUGUCAGUGCUACAGAAAGCAAUACAGAAGGCAAUCUGAGAAAAAACAAGUAUGGCGCCUCAACAAUUUGUACAGCUGCUUGGGAAAAUGCACACAACAUUCAUGAUGUUCUUAUGACAACAGCCACAUGGUCAUUCAGUGCAGGUGAGUGGCAUUGUCCAAGGAUGAUUGAGCAAUAAUAACGCACCAUACAUACUAGAGACCUUACUCCAUCUAUGAGAAGAACAUCAGGUUAAGAAUAAGAGAAAAAUCGCCUCAGGCAUCGGCCAGAAAAAGGGAGAGUUUGCAAGAGAAGCACUUGCAUAAAGUUCACUGUAAAGCACCACAACUGAUAUGCCAACUGGCUCAAGGUACAUACACAUCCAUAUCAAAAACUUUAAGACAUGUUGACUGACUACUUAAAAAAUUAACAAAGGACUCCUGCUUUAGCAUUUUUUUAGGCAAAUCAAAAGGUUUUGAGAAUCUAGUAGUUGUUAGCAUCAGGGCUGACGUGAUUAAAAAUGCCCUCAAACAUUCAUUCAUGUGAACAGACAAGACUUGUUUGAAGCAGGAGUGAAAUCGGUACACCCCAAUUUUGAAGAGAAGUGGUCAAAUCGGUGUGGUGUCACAAUGAAAUAAUAUGAGGUAGCUCAAGAACUUUUCCAUUCCUUGGGUUCAGUCUAUUUUAAUUGAAGAGAAGAAGAGUGUGAAGCUGUGUCCAUUUCCACAAAAACAUCAGCACAUUCAGGCCUUACACGCCAUGGCCACUUCGCGAUAAACAUUGUUUGCUCUUAAUUUGAACAGAGGUCAGGCAGUACCAUGCAAAAAAAAAAAAAAAACCUUUUAAAGAUUGUCAAAUUCUAGGCUAGUGGUCAUGUUAAUUUGAUGGACCGAAAAACAAUCUGAUGGUGCAACAUGAUUAUGCUGUUGAGCUGAGGUCUACGUUCAGGUUAAAGAAAGUCAUGUGGUGACUGGGACAACAAAAACUGUUAUUUUACACUAGUGCCUGCAUAGUUUUAUUCUUUUACCAAGCUGUCUUUCACAACAUAGAUACAAUUUCCAAUACAAAAUGAAAACAAGGUCUUUUUAUCAAUAAAGUGUUUUUUUUUAAAUAUAUCAAACAAUUUAAACUCUCAUCUGUGCAAUGUUUUAUUCUAGUUUAUCCAGAACUACAAGCUUUUCUCCCUCAAGUUUAAAAAAACAAAAACAACUUAAAAACCUGAAAAUAAAAAGUCCCUAGAUGAAGCACCUAAGCCACAACAGAGUGGAUAGAAUUGGAUGGAGACCCAUGUGAAAAUACAUCAGCAAGUCCACAUGCCACCUAGAUGUAUUGUGUAGAGCCAAAAAGCACCAUUCAGCUACUGUCACCUAAGAGAACAGUCCCUCAAACAGAUAAAAUGAAAAUGCAGUUCUUUCAGAAGACCCCUGUAGAACCCAAUGAUAACCAAUUCUUUCCCUAAAGGUCAGGUGAUGGAGUGAGCUGGUGUGCAGAUAUUCUGUGGGUAGUGGCAGCGUAAGGAUGGCACGGAGCCCUGUCACACACCAAUAGCCUGAGCUUUAGGCUGAUAUCACAUAAAGUUAAAUUGAAGAGAAUUUAAGUUGAAAGUGGAAUUGAUCACAGCCAUGGAAUCGGCAAUCCGUAACAACAUCACGGACCCGGAAGCAAAGCAACUGUGGACAAAGUUUCAGCCUGCCUCAGCAAUGUGAAGCCACCACCACCCAUCAUCAGCAGAGAUGAGAGGAAUGCACCCUCUCAGCAAGGACAAUAACAUCAUCACCCUUGCGGUGGACAAAGGUAGAUGCACUCUUGUAUUAAACCACACAGACUAUAAUGAGAAAGUUAUGACAUUACUUAACGACAUGAAUACUUAUGAACCCCUGAAAUGAGAUCUAGGCAGUGGUUACAAGAAAAAGGUGAUAGAUUGUCUGAAGCUGUUAGAACAGGAGAAUGGUAUUGACAGAAUUUUGUACCAUAGAUUAUACCCAGAGGAAGCUACACCUAGUCUGUAUGGUUUACCUAAGAUAAAACAGGAUGUGCCAUUAUGAUUGUUUGUAUGAUUAACUCAGUGACUUAUAACAUCUCUAAGUUUCUGGCAUCUAUUCUUAACCCGUUGGUAGGCAGUAAUGAACACCACAUUCAGAACACUAUGGAUUUUGUGGAUAAGGUGACGGACAUCAUUAUGGAGGGGGAUGAAACAAUGGUCUCUUAUGAUGUUAAAUCUCUCUUCACAUGCAUUCCUGUUGAUGAAGCAGUGGAGGUAGUCCAUAUGAAAUGACACAAUGACCCCACCCUCAGCAAUAGGACCACCCUUAACACUGACCAAGUGUCUGCUCCCGAAGCUGUGUCUUCAGUCCAUGUACUUCACAUACAGGGGGUCGUACUAUAGACAGAAGCAUGGAUAUGCUAUGGGUUCCCCAGUUUCACCUAUAAUGGCUGACAUAUCUAUGGAGGAACUGGAAAAGAGGACUCUGAUGUCCAAUCCAGGGACACCACCUAGCCAUUGGUUCAGAUUUGUGGACGACACCUAGGUUAAAAUUAAAUCUCAGGAUGUACCACAUUUCACUGGCCACAUUAACUCUGUGGACAACCACAUCAAGUUCACCAGGGAGGAUGUGAAUGACAAGUUAGCGUUCUUAGACUGUGAAAUUGUAAUUGGUGUUGGGGGACAUCUAAAAGUUGAUGUUUACUGUAAGCCAACACACACUGAUCAGUACUUAAGGUCUGAAUCAUCCACUGGAGCACAAACUAGGGAGUCAUCAGGACGCUGUACCAUUGAGCUGACAAUGUCUUCACCGACACAGCGGCCAGGGAAGGGAAGA